AUGGUACAUGGCCCAUGCGGGCCACUCAACACAUCAUCCCCUUGCAUGUUCGAUGGUGCAUGUUCCAAGGAUUACCCCAAACAGUUUCAGAACGCCACCAUGCUGGCUGUCAACGGCUAUCCACUUUAUCGCAGGAGAGAUAACGGUCAGACAAUCCAAAUUGGACGCCAUGAAGUCGACAACCGCUGGAUUGUACCAUACAAUCCAUACCUAACCCAGAAAUUCAAUGCACAUAUCAAUCUCGAGGCAUGCACAUCCAUAAAGUCAGUGAAGUACCUCUUCAAGUACGUCUACAAGGGACACGACUGCGCCAACAUCAGAAUUACAGAAACCAAUCAGUUAACACACGACGAAAUCCACACCUUCCUUGAUACGAGGUACAUCAGCCCCCCUGAAGCCUUCUGGAGACUAUCCAAAUUUAAAAUGCAGGACAAAUCCCACACAAUUUACAGGCUAGCUAUUCAUCUCCGAAACCAGCAACCAGUCUACUUCGAGGAAGGUCACCAUCAAGAUGCAGUUGCAGCAGCCACAGGUAAACAUACCAUGCUCACCGCAUAUUUCAGCAUCAAUGCUCAGGAACAGACACCUUACCUUUACACAGAAUUCCCACAAUAUUACGUCUGGGAUAAAGCCCACAGGACAUGGAAACCAAGGAAACAGAGAGGGGACAAGAUAAUAACUAGGAUCUACUCCGUCACCCCUAAAGACCAUGAAAAGUACUGCCUCCGCAUAUUAUUGCAUCACACACCAGGCGCCACAAGUUUCUUAUUCCUAAGAACCGUACAAGAUCAAGUCGUCGAUACAUACAAAGAAGCGUGCAUACUACGAAACCUCCUGCUCGAUGACCGUCAAUGGAACACAGCACUGGAAGACGCCAGCCAAUUCCAAAUGCCAUCACAACUCCGAGCAUUGUUCGCCACGAUAUGCAUCUACUGUGCUCCAACUGAUGCCCUACAACUAUGGGAAACCCACAAGCCAGCCCUCUUUAAGGACUUCCUCGACCUGCACCACAUGCCCCCAGAAGCUGCAGAACAAGAAGCCCUACUGCAUCUUCAAUCCAUAUUAGAACAACACGGCCUAUCAUGUGCACAUUUCAAGCUACCAACACCGCAAGCAACUAACAGUGUGGCAUUUCAUGCACAAUUCAACACAGUCGCCGAGCAAAAAGAAGCAGACGAAUUGAUGGCAAUGCUGAACUCUGACCAACGCCAAUUCGUCGACAGAAUCUUAACUGACCUUUGUGAAGUAUGCACGGCAGCCAAGCCUAAAUGCCGAGCUUAUUUCUUGGACGGCCCUGGUGGAAGCGGCAAGACCACAUGUUACAAUGCAAUCAUUUCAGCUUUCCGUAGCCAACAAGUACCUGUCGCUCCCACAGCUUGGACUGGGAUUGCUGCAACACUCCUCAAAGGCGGUCGAACUGUACAUAAUCUCUUCAAACUACCAGUCCCAGUACUGGAUACAAGUGUAUGCAAUGUGAAACCAACAUCAAAACACGCCCAGUACCUCCGCUCCGUCACUUUGUUCAUCAUAGACGAAGCUUCCAUGAUCCCAGUCCAUGCACUCACAGCCAUUGACAAAAUGUUGCGUGAUAUCCUCACCUCAGACUGCCCAUUCGGAGGCAAAAUAUUCGUCCUCGGAGGAGACUUCCGGCAAGUGCUGCCAGUCAUGCCAAGAAAACCACCAAGAGUAGUCAUAGAAAACUGCCUGAAACAAUCACACUUAUGGAGUCAGUUCCAAAUCUUCCACUUAACAAAGAACAUGAGAGCUGGCGACGAAGAACAGGCUUUUGCGAAAUGGUUUCUGGAACUAGGGAAUGGUGAACUCUCCACCAGUACGAAUAUCCACAAUUCUGUAAACCUCUUAGAAGGCGAUAUUGUCAAUGCCAAGAAUGAUAUCCCACAGAUACGAAAAGACACCAACAAAAAAGUCAAUGUCAUCCUUGGCAAAGUCCAAGUUUGCAAGAGGGAAUUGAUCUUCCAAGACAAAGCCAGGCAAAAGGCACUGCAGAGAAGAGAAUCCUCAAGCCCCUCCUGCAAAACCCCUCUCCGCUACCUCUCGCCACCACCAAUGUCACCUGCAAAAUAUUCACCACAACAACCAUCCCCUUAUAAGCAAGCACCAAUGACACCAUCGCCAACGUUCAGGCCUGUCACACGCCAUCUAAACGCUCCUCGCCCCAAAAUACCAAAACUCAGCUUAGAACUCUUCCAAGACGACGACAUGGACGACGCCACCCUAUCCGAAGCCACUGAGCCUGAAGGACCAGCAAACAAAGUUGCCACCCCUACCCUAACCAAAGCCACUGACCCUGAAGUACCACCAAACAAAGUUGCCGCUGACGCAAAGAUUCAACACCAUGACAAAGAGGCCACCACUACCACAGUUGCCACCACCACCACUUCCAGUCACAACAAAGAAACCACUCAACCUAUAGUGACAGAGGAACCACCCAAGAAAAUGCAAUAA